CCGGAACGAACGGCGCUAUUAUUCUUCAAGCAGCCACGAAAGUACGUGGUGCGUGCGGAGCAGAAAAAUAUAUUAGUGUUAAGUAAUUUAUUAAGUUCACAUUCACAAAAUGAGGGAAAUCGUACAUAUUCAAGCCGGUCAGUGCGGAAACCAGAUCGGCGCUAAGUUCUGGGAGAUCAUCUCUGACGAGCACGGCAUCGACCCCACCGGCGCCUACCAUGGCGACUCCGACCUGCAGCUGGAACGCAUCAACGUGUACUACAACGAGGCUUCCGGCGGCAAGUACGUGCCCCGCGCCAUCCUCGUCGACCUGGAGCCCGGCACCAUGGACUCCGUCCGCUCGGGGCCUUUCGGGCAGAUCUUCCGCCCCGACAACUUCGUCUUCGGGCAGUCGGGCGCCGGCAACAACUGGGCCAAGGGACACUACACAGAGGGCGCCGAGCUCGUCGACUCGGUCUUAGACGUAGUACGCAAAGAGGCAGAAUCGUGCGAUUGUCUACAAGGUUUCCAGCUCACACACUCCCUCGGCGGCGGCACCGGCUCCGGCAUGGGCACACUGUUAAUUUCCAAAAUUAGAGAAGAAUACCCCGACAGAAUCAUGAACACAUACUCCGUAGUCCCGUCGCCCAAAGUGUCAGACACAGUCGUAGAGCCUUACAACGCCACGCUCUCGGUCCACCAGCUGGUAGAAAACACGGACGAAACGUACUGCAUCGACAACGAGGCUCUCUACGACAUCUGCUUCCGCACGCUGAAACUGUCCACCCCCACGUAUGGCGACCUCAACCACCUGGUGUCGCUCACCAUGUCGGGCGUCACCACCUGCCUGCGCUUCCCCGGCCAGCUGAACGCGGACCUCCGCAAGCUGGCCGUCAACAUGGUGCCGUUCCCGCGGCUCCACUUCUUCAUGCCCGGCUUCGCGCCGCUCACGUCCCGCGGCAGCCAGCAGUACCGCGCGCUCACCGUGCCCGAGCUCACCCAGCAGAUGUUCGACGCCAAGAACAUGAUGGCGGCGUGCGACCCGCGCCACGGCCGCUACCUCACCGUGGCCGCCAUCUUCCGCGGCCGCAUGUCCAUGAAGGAGGUGGACGAGCAGAUGCUCAACAUCCAGAACAAGAACUCGUCCUACUUCGUGGAAUGGAUCCCCAACAACGUGAAGACCGCCGUGUGCGACAUCCCGCCCCGCGGCCUCAAGAUGGCGGCCACCUUCAUCGGCAACUCCACCGCCAUCCAGGAGCUGUUCAAGCGCAUCUCGGAGCAGUUCACCGCCAUGUUCAGGCGCAAGGCUUUCUUGCAUUGGUACACCGGCGAGGGCAUGGACGAGAUGGAGUUCACCGAGGCCGAGAGCAACAUGAACGACCUGGUCUCCGAGUACCAGCAGUACCAGGAGGCGACCGCCGACGAGGACGCCGAGUUCGACGAGGAGCAGGAGCAGGAGAUCGAGGAGAACUAACGCGCCCCUCCCCGCUCCCCACCCCCCAGUCACCGACCUUUCCUCAUUCUUCUCGGAACUUACGAAUAUUUUGCUUCUGUAGUUUUAUACAAGUUUUUGACAGUUUGGAUGUGGUUCUGAACUAAAUGGAGGACGUUCUGAAGUUGCGUUACGGUAUUUACAUUCCCAGUGUUUCGGGCGGAAGGGCGCUCUGGACGUUUAUCGCGAUAUAAGCAGUUGGCCUCACGACGCGACCUUCUCCACCACCGCCGCCGCCGCCGCGCGGCGCGGUCAACUCACUGAUGACACAAAAGAACAUCUUUUGUUUGAUAAGGCUGAACAAGAUUUUUUUAAUACCUAAGUUAAUUUUUAAAUCUUUUGUAACCAGUGUGAUUGAGUUUAUGUAAGCUUUUUGAAAUUGAAAGCUAAUAAUUAUGUCGUACAAUUUUUCGAAAUCGAUCAGUUUUAUUUAUGAAUAUUUCCAGCUGGUGAAUAAUAAACUACAAUUAUUUUA